ACCAUUUUAAAAAGGAACUUAUUACUGUGCCUAUUUCCGUGUAUUUUCCUGAAAAGUUUUCGGUCACUCCAUUGAGUCAAAGCUUGAGUAAUCCACUGAGCUAUCUGUACCUCGAGGUAAAGGAAAGAAAAAUGAGGUAUUAUACGUGACUUCCAGGUUUGUAAAAAGUUGGGAGGAGUUAGCUCUGGUAAUUGUGUGUAAGUUAGUGAAUGGAGUAAUAUUGUGCCGUAUAAGAGAAGCUAGUCUCCCCAAAUAACCAGAAUAAAUUAAAAGUAAAUUGAAACUCAAGUAUUAUCAAUCACCUUUUUAGCAUUUUUAAAGACAUGUAUGUAAAUUGUAGUUUUAGUUAUUAAUCUAUGUUUUACUCCAAUAAUGUACACUUUACACUCAACCUUCUAAAUUCAAAUCGCUAGGGUUAACAGCUCCAGGAAAUGAUACCAGUAUCACCCAAUCCUUUUCCAAAUCCCCAUUAGAGAAACACGGAGGAUGGGGGCCUGACAAUCACAACUUAUCCAAGAAGCAUGAAAAUAGAAUGAUUAAAUUCCACCAAAGCCAAUUAAAAACCCCAACUUCCCACAGAGCGUUCCCUACACCAAACGGAAUCCCUUUAUUUUCACUCUCACGAAGAAAGUAAUUUGGGAUAAAAGUCGGGUAUUGAGUAUAUGAUAUAUCUAAUAUAAAAUGAGACGAAGGAACCUAACUGAAGCUACAGAAGCAAAGAAACGUAACCAAAACGGGAGAGGAAAGCUGGAAGAGAAACCCGAGAAGGAAAGGGACAGAAGAACCUAGUGGAGCAAAGGAAGUGGAAAUCACUUCAACGGAGGUAGCCUUCAGGAUUGCAGAGAAAUAGGGAUGUAGGUCCACGGAACCGGGCGUUUACGGAACUCAAAGGCUAAUGGGGAAACAAUGGGGCGGUGAGACCGGGAGCAAGCGGAGAGACGCUCAGGAGAGGGCGACUAGGCAGCACGGGACGGGGGGGAUGAAAGAGCAGAAGGCUGCAGCAGACACAGGCGGCAGGGAGGUAAGAAGCUAGGUGGAGAGGCAAGUUGGUCGGGUGUGAUGGGCUAUCGUGGCGCACCGGGUGGGAAGCGAGGGUCCCCUAGGAACCCGGGAUGGGGGUGGGGGGGGGAGUGGCUUAUCAGGGAUUUUUAGACAGGGAACGGAAGCCGUGAAGGCAGGUGUGAUGGAAGCGAAAACACACCUCGGACCAGCACAGGACCCGACGUGCCAGACAAAACGCAAAGGAAGGAAAAGACGGCUGAAGGGGGCAUUGGUGAACUGUGUGGAAUUGCUGAUGCUGGAGUUGAAACCUGAAUAUGAGGAUGCUCUAAACUGAUUUGCAGCACAGUAAAAAUGGGAGAAUAAGAGAACCAGAAACAAGCACCUCCAAAAGUCCUGGGAUUUUCCUGGAAGAAACAUUAUAUCAGAACUGGUUUAGACCUUCUGCCCCAUGACUUCACAGCUGUGUGAGGAUACAAGAAGAAAACAGUCAUUUGCAAACAGGAAGAGUUCCCUCACCGGACACUAGAUCGGGCCUUGAUCUUGGACUUCUAGUCUCCAGGACAGUGAGAAAUAAAUGUUUGUUGUUUAAGCCACCCAGUCAGUCUAUAACACCCUAAACUAAGAGAACACAGUCUUGGAGGUUUGCUUUAAAAAUGAGGAAACCAAGGCCUAGGGAGGAGAGACAAAACACAGUGUGGAAGGUCUCCUAGAUGGCUUUGAUAAACCUAAAUUGUACUCUUGUGUGACUGUAGGCAAGUUUGUGACUAGGCCUCAAAUUCCUCUUCUGCAAAGGGAGAAGACUGAGAAGCGCUCUCACCAUGUGCCAUUUUAGGUACAAGCUUCCAUUCCAGCAACUGAAAGGAAACUGAAAAAAAGUUAUGCCAAUACAAAUUCUUAGUCAACUACAUCACACUGUCUGGGAAGAUGUGGAAAUUAUUUGACGAAGAUUGUUCUACAUGGAUGAUGCUGUCAGUAUAGAAAGUGGUACAAACACUGAACGCCCUGAUACACCUACAAAUACACCAAAUGCUCCUGGAAGGAAAAGUUGGGGGAAGGGAAAAUGGAAGUCAAAGAAAUGCAAAUAUUCUUUCAAGUGUGUAAAUAGUCUCAAGGAAGAUCAUAAUCAACCAUUGUUUGGAGUACAAUUUAACUGGCACAGUAAAGAAGGAGAUCCGUUAGUGUUUGCAACUGUAGGAAGCAACAGAGUUACCUUAUAUGAAUGUCACUCACAAGGAGAAAUCCGGUUGUUGCAAUCUUAUGUGGAUGCUGACGCUGAUGAAAACUUUUAUACUUGUGCAUGGACAUAUGAUAGCAAUACAAGCCAUCCUUUGCUGGCUGUGGCCGGAUCUAGAGGCAUAAUUAGGAUAAUUAAUCCCAUAACAAUGCAGUGCAUAAAGCAUUAUGUUGGCCAUGGAAAUGCUAUCAAUGAGCUGAAAUUCCACCCAAGAGAUCCAAAUCUUCUCCUGUCAGUAAGUAAAGAUCAUGCUUUACGAUUAUGGAAUAUCCAAACAGACACUCUGGUGGCAAUAUUUGGAGGCGUGGAAGGGCACAGAGAUGAAGUUCUAAGUGCUGAUUAUGAUCUUUUGGGUGAAAAAAUAAUGUCCUGUGGUAUGGAUCACUCUCUUAAACUUUGGAGGAUCAAUUCAAAGAGAAUGAUGAAUGCAAUUAAAGAAUCUUAUGAUUAUAACCCAAAUAAAACUAACAGGCCAUUUAUUUCUCAGAAAAUUCACUUUCCUGACUUUUCCACCAGAGACAUACAUAGGAAUUAUGUCGAUUGUGUGCGAUGGUUAGGUGAUUUGAUACUUUCCAAGAGUGGCCGUGCCAUUUUACAUUCCCACCAGCAAUGUAUGAAAGAUCCAGUGUCUCCGAAUCUUCGCCGGCAUUUGUCUUGUGAAAAUGCCAUUGUGUGCUGGAAACCUGGCAAAAUGGAAGAUGAUAUAGACAAAAUUAAACCCAGUGAGUCUAAUGUGACUAUUCUCGGGCGAUUCGAUUACAGCCAGUGUGACAUUUGGUACAUGAGGUUUUCUAUGGAUUUCUGGCAAAAGAUGCUUGCAUUGGGCAAUCAGGUUGGCAAACUUUAUGUUUGGGAUUUAGAAGUAGAAGAUCCUCAUAAAGCCAAAUGUACAACACUGACUCAUCAUAAAUGUGGUGCUGCUAUUCGACAAACCAGUUUUAGCAGGGAUAGCAGUAUUCUUAUAGCUGUUUGUGAUGAUGCCAGUAUUUGGCGCUGGGACCGACUUCGAUAAAAUACUUUUUCCUAAUCAAAAUUAGAGCGUGUUUUCUGUGUACAAUAGAUUAAUGUAUCUUGCUAGUAAGGGCACAUAGAGCAUUUAGAGUUGUCUUUCAGCAUUCAAUCAGGCUGAGCUGAAUGUAGUGAUGUUUACAUUGUUUACAUUCUUUGUACUGUCUCCUGCUCAGACUCUACUGCUUUUAAUAAAAAUUUAUUUUUGUAAA